CAACGGGACGCGGAGGCUCGCGCGUGCCGCUGCGGCGGUUUGGGUCCGGCCCUGGGGAAUCGUACCAUGUCGCGCCCGAAGAAUCAAAAUUACAAGGGCCAUGGAUUGUCAAAGGGAAAAGAGCGAGAGCAGAGAGCAUCAAUCCGAUUCAAGACCACUCUCAUAAAUACUCUCAUGGAUGUCCUUCGCCACAGGCCAGGAUGGGUGGAAGUAAAGGAUGAAGGGGAGUGGGAUUUCUACUGGUGUGACGUCAGCUGGCUCCGGGAGAACUUUGACCACACCUACAUGGACGAGCACGUGCGCAUCAGUCACUUCCGAAACCACUACGAGCUGACCCGCAAGAACUAUAUGGUGAAGAACCUGAAGCGAUUCCGGAAACAGUUGGAGCGCGAGGCCGGAAAGCUGGAGGCAGCCAAGUGUGACUUCUUCCCCAAAACCUUUGAGAUGCCAUGCGAGUACCACCUGUUCGUGGAGGAGUUCCGCAAAAACCCGGGAAUCACCUGGAUCAUGAAGCCUGUAGCCCGGUCCCAAGGGAAGGGCAUCUUCCUCUUCCGGAGGCUGAAGGACAUCAUGGACUGGAGGAAGGGCACCGCGGGCAAGAAGCUGACCAGCUUAGAGGCCCCGCCGGCCCGGAGCACUGUCAAUCCCUCUGGCAGCCAUGAUGCAAGAAGUUCUGAUGACCAGAAGGAUGAGAUCCCUGUGGAGAACUACGUAGCUCAGCGCUAUAUCGAAAAUCCCUACCUGAUAGGAGGCCGCAAGUUUGACCUGCGCGUCUAUGUGCUGGUGAUGUCGUACCUCCCGCUUCGGGCCUGGCUGUACCGGGAUGGCUUUGCCCGAUUCUCCAACACCCGCUUCACCCUGAGCAGCAUUGAUGACCAUUCCGUUCACAUUACAAAUCUCUCUCUGUCCUUGGGCCACAGCUGGCUCUCCAACCUCCUGAGCAUUGCUGGGACCAAAACAGUCCCUGGACACGAAAGGGAUGCUGGGCUACAGGGCUGCAGAUGGCUGCUCCUUCCUGACCCAGGGCAGCUGUCGCCCUUUAUCUUCCCUUCCCAGCUACUCUGA